AUGAACGUAGCUCGGGUAGAUUUUCAAAACAGGAUGGACGGAGUUAAGCAGUACAUGGCUUUUAGGAAAGUUGGAAGAGAAUUGGAAGCUCGAGUUAUACGAAAAGGUGACGUCGGCAAGGAAAUGUACAUAGUCAAAAGAGGUCGUUUACAAGUUGUAGCAGACGACGGCUAUACAGUUCUAGCCACUCUAGGCGCGGGAAGUGUUUUUGGAGAGGUCAGCGUUCUAGACAUCGUCGGCAAUCGAACUGGCAACAGACGCACAGCAAACGUGAGAUCCCUGGGGUAUUCGGAUUUAUUUUGUUUAGCUAAGGACGACCUUCUAGUCGCCUUAGCCGAUUAUCCAGAGGCAAGAGCAACGCUGAUAGAACGGGGGUGUCAAUUGCUACGUAAAGAUGGUUUACUAGACGAAGACGUGUUUAAGAGGGCUAAAGAAACUCAAAACUCUAUGGAGGAUAGCAUAAAGAAGUUGGAGAAUAAUGUGGAAAAUAUUCAGAGCCGUUUAGCCAGACUUUUAGCUGAGUUCACUGCUAGCCAGGCUAAAUUGAAGCAGAGAUUAAGCAGAGUGGAGACCAGGAACGAUAGAGGCAAAGACGACAACAUAUCCGACAGUCUAGCAGUGCCAACUGUAAGAAAAAGACUCAGAUCUUACGAAUUAAAGCGUGAGGAUUUCUCAACGUGUACUAGACAUAAGACAAUGUAA